AUGAAGGUCACUGCUAUCCUCUUCACUCUCAUGGCCGCUACUGCCGUCAGUGCUUCAGCCCUAGACAAGCGAGACGCCUGCGGAGCCGGCUAUGAUCCCGCCCAGAGACGCACAAACAGCCCUUGCGCGGCAUCCAAUGGAGACAGACACUUCUGUGGCUGCGACAGAACUGGUAUUGUCGAGUGCAAGAAUGGAAAGUGGACUGAGGUUCAAGACUGUGGCAGCAACUCGUGCCACGGUGGCACCGAGGGCGGAGCCAAGUGCUAG